GUUUGUGUGUGUGUGUAGUAGUGCACUCAUCAAGCAUUUAAUUGCUUUUUUAAUAGUCGUUUCCGCAGGGAAAUGGAUGUUUGGCGUUAGUGCACCACAGAGAGAAACACCAUUGUGUCAAAGCCUGUCAUUAAGUCUCUCCCCCUCACCCUCACCCUCACCCCUGUGACAGCUGACUCUCUGGAUGUUUGGUGAUAUUCAUAUAUUCUGAGACGAGACCCUGGUUUGUUUGGGUGAUUAAUAUUUCUCCAAAAUUAUUUUUCAUUUAAAAAAGCAUUCAGUUGUAGACAGACAUAAGAUUUUUUUUAAUUUCUUUAUUCAACAGCACAUCCCCUCCAUUGGUUAGAUUUGGUGAGGGUGGGGUCUCACUUAACAGCCAUUGACGUAGCCCUCUCUGUGGCCAUGGCUAUUAACACAGACGCAAUCAGUGUGGGAACAGAGGGGAAAGUGUUUUGAGACAAAGAUAAAAGAGGAGAAACAGAAGAGAAAGAAGUGGUGAGGAGGUUUGAAGGCGUCUGAGUCGGUACAUGAUGUUGCUGCCCUGCUGUCCUGUGCGCUUCAAACCUGUGUGGAGCUUCUGGAGUGGACACAACUGGUGUCAUCACACAUCCACAGCAGCAGCCACCAGUUGGGUUUGAGCAGCAGGUGAACGGUUCACUCAUUCUUCAGUCCACUUUCAGCAGAUGAGAAGAAAUCUGUGCACGGACCUGAUCCAUUAUGAGCCAAGGAUCCGCGCCCUGACGCGCUCCGGUGCGUGCACGCUGGACCGCUGAGAGUGUGGACUAGUAUGAAGCGUCAUGGCUUGGUGUGACCGCGGGGUUCAAACGCUGCUGGCCACCGUGGGGGCUUUCGCUGCCUUCAGCCUGAUGACCAUCGCCAUCGGCACGGACUACUGGCUCUAUUCGCGGGCGUACAUCUGCAACGCAACCAAUGCCUCGGAUGACACCCAGUCGCAGCCCAAAACCAAGAAAGGCGAUCUCACCCACUCCGGGCUGUGGAGAAUCUGCUGUAUUGAGGGUAUCAACCAAGGCAGCUGUUUCAGAAUCAACCAUUUCCCUGACGACAACGACUAUGACACAGACAGCUCUGAAUACCUGCUGCGUAUAGUGCGUGCCUCCAGUGUGUUCCCCAUCCUCAGCACCGGCCUGCUGAUGCUGGGGGGGCUGUGUGUCGCCCUGGGGAGAGUCUACAACAAGACAAACAACUUUCUCCUCAGCGCAGGCAUUCUCUUCGUCGCUGCAGGUCUAAGCAACAUAAUCGGAAUCAUCGUCUACAUCUCCAGCAAUGCAGGAGAUCCCAGUGACAAACGUGACGAUGACAAGAAGUACACCUACUCCUACGGUUGGUCUUUCUACUUUGGCGCCCUCUCCUUCAUUGUGGCCGAAGCUGUGGCCGUCCUCGCCAUCAACAUCUACAUCGAGAGAAACAAGGAGGUCCGCUGGAAGGCGCGGCGCGAGUUCAUCCGCUCGCUCUCGUCGUCCUCCCCUUACUCAAGGAUACCGAGCUUCCGCUAUCGCCGGCGGACGUCGCGCGCCAGCUCUCACUCUACGGAGGGAUCACGGGAGAAUUCACCAGUGGUCGGGCUGAAGGGGAUGCCAUCCUCCAGUGGUCCCAUGGACGAGCUCUCCAUGUACGCCCUGACGAGGGACAGUGUGACGGACAACACGUACAGCCCUGAACAUGAGGCUGCUGCCGAGUUUCUCCAGGUCCAUAACUGUUUUCCCAAUGAUUUAAAAGACGGGGUGAAUCGCAGGACCACACCCGUGUGAUGGAGCAUUUUGCCGGGCUCGAGGGUGAACAGGAAAUGAUGAAAAAGUCUCAGGGCGGACCUGCUGGAGCCUGAGCGCCUGUGAUAGCCUGCCAUGUUCGAGGCCCAGUUCUCAGAGACUGGUUCCUCUGGAAAAUGAGCAGAGGGAGGCUACAGGCCAGUCAGCUGGAUGGAGGAUGAGCCGUUUCAGAGAACUUGAUUAUUUAACUGCUCUUAGGGACCAUCAAAGCAGGGUAGAGUUGCCAUUGUCCGUCGCCAAUGCAAAUCUUGUGUUAUCUUUAAACUGUGUCAAAAAUACUUAGUUGAACAGUGUGUGGAUCACAGCCCUUGAUUGUGUAAUAGUUUGUGUAAUGGUCUCUCCACAUUGUGGGCAAACAUGAGAAAGUGAAGCAUUGAGCUGUGCCAAUCAGCGGUACUCUACCUGUAAGUUAUUUAACAAGGUGCUACAUGGAAUCUCCUCUGCAACUUGAAAGUGUUGGAUUUAUUUGUGUAUGUAUGUAUGUGUGUAGUUCAAAGUGUGGACCUCUCUCCAAAGCUAUAUUGUGUCCUCAUUACCAGUUUGGUCCUGCCUUACACCCACAGGUAUGAAAGAGGCUCUGUCUUUACUGUCUUUUAGGAUAAUAUAUGGCCUUUUAAACAAAUUAUAAAUAUUUUGAAAGCAUCUUUUUGCAUUCACCGUCUUAACAAAAUGUUUUGGCUUGCUGAGUUGUAGCAUAUUGAAUGUUUUGUAUUUUUAGCACAUAGUACAAGUCAACCCAUCCAGUCCUCCAAACAUAAGCCGUUUUCAAAUAUGACCUCCGGAGGAAGUCCGGAGAAUUUUGUGCGGACUUUCUCCGGAGGUUUCCUUUCACACAUGUAGAAAUGCAGCAGGAGAAACAGAAAUGUCUGUAGCGUCCAGGUGAGGGCUGAUGCAGCAGGCAAUUCUGUGAAGAUCACAUGUUUUUGUUUACAGCACAUUGACACCGGUGUCAGCCCUCAUCUCCAGAAACUGUCUUGACAUCUUCGUCAGUGUCUUCUACCUGUAUUUUCUUCUGGAGAUAUUUGUUUUCUUUUUAUUUAUUUUUGCGUCUGUCACGUGUCAGAAACAUCAUCAACACACCCACUUGCUUGCUGUGAAUCUCCUGCUGUGUUCUCACUUUGGCUACUGCAGACUUUUUACGAGAGGACUGGCCAGAGAAAGUCCGCAGAACAUCCAAAGGCUCUCACUCGGACAUUUGCAUUCACACACACAGCCCCUCCUGACAAUGUCCGGAGGAUCUCCUGGGUUCAGUGUCUGAAAGCAGCUAUACUGAAGGAUUUUGUCUCCCCUGCGGCCUCCUCCUUAAUCCUAUUCUUCUCUGACAUUUGUCAGUGGAACACCUCCUUUCCUUUUUUUAUUCACUUUCAUAUCCGUCUGCCAACCUUCUAUCACAACCUCUCGAUGGAUGUGACAUUGUGUAUGUGGCUGUCACAAGUGGGGAAAAAGGGGGGUGGUCCCGAGAGCUGUGGAAACGUUACAGGUCAGGACUUCCUCUUGCUGUGAGUGGAUCCCUGGCAUCCAUGGUGUUAAAUGGAUAAGGAUCAGAGUCAGGCGGAGAACGCAUGUCUGUCUAUCACACUGCCCAUUGAGUCCAUCCGGCUGCCUUCUCCCCCCCGCUCCCAUGUCAAACCCAGACAGAGGCAGAGGGAGCUGUCUGCGACCACGUCCCUGAAGGAUUCCGCUCUAAUGACAAGACAUGCGCGUCUACUCUCGUCCCUGCAUGUCCAUCUCUGCUCUUUCUUUUAGUUCUCUCAGGAAAUACUGUGUUGUUGCGGCAGGUUGAACGCUUUUGAAGUCCUCUCCUGCAUUCGUGCCAGUGCUGCGGGGAAAUGGACCAGUGACAAAGACAAACCUGGUGAAAAUUACUUGAGGACAAAAAAAAAAAAAUGCCAUUCCUGUAUGUAGAAAAUGCUGUGAGUGUUUGCUUCAUCUUGUUCCAAGAACCAGCUGGGGAGGGGUUUUCUUUUUUCUUUUUCCAGUCUGAGGGCUAUUCAGUUGGUUCUGGUUUGGCAAGCGAGCUCACUCAACCGCACAAUAGUAUUUGAUUGUAUUUAGCGUGUUUGAUAUUCCAUUAGAGAUACCGCCUCAUGUACGACACUGGGCUCAUGUAAGAAUCGGCCGGCAGUGCGAUCCAUUCUGAGUGUAGACCCGACACUCUUAUACUACAGUGUGAGGGAAAAUAUCAAAAAUGUGUUUGUUUGUAAUGUAAAAGCUGUAAAGUUGUAUAUAAAAGUACAAUAAAAAAAAUUUCAAAAAAAGAAGACAAAACAAGUUAAAUGUGCAAAAACAUGAACAGAAGCUUCAAAGCAUUAUUUCAAUGAACUUCUUCAUAAUAAUGUUUUAAUGCGACCUUGGUCAUACAUCAAUUUAAACAUCUUAUAUUCAGGUUUAACAAGCUAAUAUCAGUCAAGAAUAAAUCUAACACUAUUGAAUAUUGUUUUUUGUGUAUGUGUACUUUACUGUAUGUCUUCAUAUUGAUUAAUUUCUUACUCUUGUUGUGAAAUAAGCACAUUGUCAAUUUCUGUCUAGAAAUAAACACAAAUACACAUUUGAGCAAACACACACAGAGU